CCUAGUUCUUCAAGCUGUGCUUGGAUGAUACGUCUGGAAGAUCUAUAGGAACGUCUAUCGAAUACCUGCCAGGACCGUUCCACUUGCUUAGGAGAUAUGGCGCUCUUUGCGUUGGCUCUCCUCAGCAUCCUGGUGACUGUUGUUGCAGGUCUGCAGGCCAGCUACCCUGUUAACGCGCAGCUACCUCCGGUAGCCCGGGUAUCGAAGCCAUUCAAAUUUGUCUUCUCGCCGGGCACCUUUUCUGGAAGCGAUGACAACACACAAUACUCGCUUUCGAACGCGCCGUCAUGGCUCGAAGUCGACAGCCAAACCCGCACGCUAUCCGGAACACCGCAGAAAGAUGACCAAGGAUCACCGACGUUCGAUCUUGUGGCCUCAGAUGGCUCGGAGUCUGUGGACAUGCAAGUCACAUUAAUUGUAACAACCGAUGAUGGACCGCAACCGGGAAAGCCGCUGUUCUCACAACUCGAAGACAUGGGAGCAACCUCGGCCCCAGACACUAUCCUCCUACAUACCGGCGACUCUUUCUCAUUAUCCUUUGAGCCGGACACGUUCACCAACACGCGCCCGUCAACGGCCUACUAUGGCACAUCUCCAGACAACGCACCGCUACCCUCAUGGAUUGUUUUCGACCCAGCAUCACUCAGCUUUUCUGGUACAACACCAGGUAGUGGACCUCAAACAUUCAGCUUCAAUCUUAUAGCCUCGGAUGUGACUGGGUUCAGCGCGGCUACCAUGACCUUUGAGAUGACCAUCAGUCCACAUAUCUUGGCGUUCAAUCGGAGCACGCAGACAUUCUUCCUCUCGAAAGGACGGCAGUUCACUAGUCCGCAAUUUGCCAGCAAUCUCACCUUGGAUGGACAUGACACGACGAAGAGUGACUUGACCGACAUUAAGGUGGAUUCGCCAGAUUGGUUGUCCCUGGAUGACGAGACCAUCUCUCUGAGUGGCACGCCCCCUGCAGAUGCCGCCGAUAAUAAUGUCACGAUUACCGUGACGGAUAAAUAUCAAGACGUAGCCACGCUGAUUGUCAGUCUACAGUUCACUCAAUUCUUUCGCAACGACCAGAAUGUAUGCGAUGCUAUCAUCGGGCAGUUUUUCAUGCUGGUCCUUGACGACUCUGUCUUGACCAACGAUUCUGUCCAGGUAGACGUUGACUUAGGGCAAGAUCUUCCCUGGCUUCACUACAACCGUGACAACAAGACUAUAUUCGGACAAGUUCCCUCCGACAUCAGUCCGGGAAGCUAUCAUAUCAACCUCACUGCCCGGGAGGGUACCGCAGAGGACACUCGCCAGUUAACUAUCAAGGCGAUGUCAGAAGGGACCACAGGCGGGCCAGGCACAAUCAAUUCUACAGCCUCCGAUGCAAAUAACAGCAUUCGCGGAGGCAAGGCCGGUAUUAUUGCUAUUGCUGUCGUCGUCCCCUUCGUGUUUCUAAGCACUGCCUUGCUUCUCUUCUGCUGCUGGCGGCACAAGCGUAAAGCGGCCGCAAAGCAAUCUCAGGAUGGACAGGAGGCCGAGAAAACGCUAUCAACCCAGCCAGACGGCGAAGGUAUCACGCAUAGUCGGCCUUACGAAGAAACUGCUCAGGGCGAGCCCCCGAGGAUUCUGAGGAUCCCUUCACAAUCAUCAGAGCCUCCAAAACUGGAGCUACCAUUAUGGCAUGCGAGCCCAUCGAAAAACAACGAGCAAGCCCCAGACGCAGCCGGCAAAGAAAACACCCUCUCCGAUCCUACAUUCGAUUGGGGAGGUUUCGCUUCUCUCAAGGGACCCGAACCAGAAGAGGCCAAACCAGUGGAGGAGGCACCGCCACAGCCGAAACGCCUGUCUUUCCAGAACAGUCCCCCCUUACACCGACGAACAACCACCACUAGUUCUAGGAGACGAGAGCCCCUUCGGCCGAUUCAGCCUAGGAGGUCCCUGAAGCGAAAUUCUACCACUCGAUCGCGUAGAUAUUCCAAACGGUCGAGUGGUAUAUCUACAGUGGCGUCCGGGCUUCCAGUCCGACUCAGUGGUGCCGGACAUGGGGCCGGUGGUUUCGGGCCUCCAGGACAUGGCGUGGUCCGUCUUUCCUGGCAGAAUACACAGGCUUCGUUUGGAAGUGACGAGAGUGACGUAGGAAACCUAGCGCCGCUGUUUCCACGACCGCCACCUCGAACCAGAGAGAGCGGGGAUUAUUCCAGACGAAUGAGCCUGCGAACAGUCGAGCCUGACGAAUCGACCAUUUCUGAAGCGGACUCACUAGAGGCGUUUCUUCACAGCCGCGCAAAGAGUCGGAAUUCGUCCAACCCGCUCUUCGCAGGUCAAUUUGGCCGUCGAGCAUCAUCGGGCUGCCGGGCUCUCGAAAGAGCUCGAAGCACAGCCAGUCGCGCCGACACAGUAGCCAGUUCCAACUAUAUUGAGGAAUAUCGAAACUCAAUUCAAGAGCGGCCGUGGUCGACAGCCAUGUCUGCCUCCAUUUACACGGAUGAUCAUCGUCAGUCGGCUUAUUUACAUAGCCUGUCCGAAGAAUCUUCAGACAUGGGGCCACCCCGCCCCGUGGGCAAACUGCCCAGCCAAUCGAGUCUGGCGCAGAACUACUCUGAGACGAUUGCGCCCCUGCCUCGCUUCUACAGCGAAGUAAGCUUGGAUGAGCCGAAACGGUUCGACGGAGGGCAGGAAUUGGGAAAAGAGAACGAUCCGCCCACUGAGCGGCAGCUCCGCGGGAGCUCACGCCCUUGGUAUCAGACCGGCUUUUACACCCACGGUGAUAUAGCUGGUGCCGGACAGUCAUCGCGAAAAAGCCCUUCACUCUACUCCAUUCCUUUCGAUUCCAAAUCACGCCGAGUGAGCUUGAACCGAGCGGUGGAGCGGGAAUGGGAAGAGCUGCACAGUAUGCAGAGGGAGCCGGCAGGAAGCUUGAGAAACAACGCAGCCUUCUUGUGAAUGGGGUGACAAACGCAAUUCUUAGUAUUUAUGUUCAUAUCGGUUUUAUGGUUUUGCUUCACUGUCGACCAGGUCGUUUAGAAAAGUGUUCGGCGAGCGUGAUAUCCAUGGAUUCUGAAUUUGGUUUCUUUGUUGAUCCUCGGACCGU